AUGACGGCCAUUCCGUUCUCGCGAGAAACACUCAACGCCUUGUCCGGCAAAGUGGUCGUUCUGACAGGCGGUGCGCAGGGCGUCGGCGCGGCCACCGUCCAGCUGGUCUACGAAGCCGGUGCGCACGUCUUUUUCGGCGACUGGGCAGACGACAAAGGCCGGUCGCUGGCCGCGUCUGUCCAGAAGGAUGUGAAGAGUGUCGGGUCCGGGUCGGUCACAUUCCAAAAGGUCGACGUCCGCGAGUAUGCCUCGCAGCUGGCCCUCUUUGAUGCCGCCUACAAAGCACACGGCCGCGUCGACGUCGCCGUUUCCUGUGCGGCCGUGUCCGAGCCAGCGGGUUUCUUUGAGCCCGAGAAUCUUGAUUUGGAGAGUGUCAAACAGGUGAGCACGACAAUCACCACACCACUGGCAAAUAUUGGUAUGGCGUCCACAUGUCUGACGCAACGGCCUCAGGAACCCACGGAGCUGCGCUCCCGUCUCGACAUCAACCUCACCAGCGUGCUCCUGUUCAGCCGCAUGGCGCUCGCGUACAUGAAGGCCUCGCCGCAGGACGGCACCAGCCGGUCCAUGGUCCUCGUCUCGUCGAUUGCCGGCAUCACCGAAGCCCCGGGCCUCUUUGCCUACUCGACCGCCAAGCACGGCGUCAUCGGCCUGAUGCGCGCCCUCCGUCCCUACGCGCCGCGCCGCUAUGGCGUCCGCGUCAAUGCCAUCUGCCCCUGGGCCACCGACACGCAGCUGCUCGCGGGCGUCGUCGACACGUGGGUGCAGGAGGCGCUGCCGCUCAACCAGCCGUCCGACGUCGCCGGCCUGAUUCUGCAGUGCGCCGCCGACGCGACGCUCAACGGCAAGGCUGUGCUUGUCGCCGGUGGCACGGGCUACGACACCGAAGAGGGCUACGACAAGACCCAGGCCCAGUGGAUGGGCGAGCAGCUGUCGGCCGAGUUCAACCGCGGCCAGCGCGUCCUCGGUCUGGGCGACGGAUGGACGAAUUGA